GUACGAUUGCUCGUGAUUAUUGACUUCACGCGGUUAUUCAAUUCGAUCAACCGUGAGGCAGACACGCUCGCGGCAGCUGUUAGAACAACCAAAAUACGCGUGUCGACAUUCAAGUCAACCUGCGCCAAUACUUGGGAGGGAAUUUAUUUGCGACACAACUUGGAAUAAUGACGGAGGAGUGCGACAGGUCGCCGACUUACUGAAAUGAGCUGCCCGAACCGGAUAUGCAUGGCAACAUUGUAGGACGGAGUUCUGACAGUGUGCAAGGAGUCAAAAGGAGACGAGAGACAUUGGUAACUGUCAGAGAGGAUGGGUGAGACGGAAGAUGAGCACACGGCUAAGGCCAGCCAGCUCUUUGAGAAGUUUGUCCAGAUGUCCACAUGUAAGGGGACUCUGCAGGCUUUCAGUAUCCUCUGCAGGGAACUGGAGCUGGAUCCGCUGGACUACAGCAACUUUUACAGUGUACUGAAAGCUGCAGUCAACUCCUGGAAAGUCAAAGCUCUCUGGACCAAAUUGGACAAGAGGGCACAGCAAAAGGUGUACAGCCAGAAUAAAGCCUGUCAAGGAACUAGGUGUCUGAUCAUUGGUGGUGGACCUUGUGGUCUGCGGACAGCCAUUGAACUGGCCCUGCUGGGUUGUAAGGUGGUGGUAAUUGAGAAGAGAGACACCUUCUCCAGGAACAAUGUGCUUCAUCUGUGGCCUUUCACCAUUGAAGACCUCAGAGGCCUGGGGGCCAAGAAGUUCUACGGCAAGUUCUGUGCUGGCUCCAUCGAUCAUAUAAGUAUCCUUCAGCUGCAGUUGAUGCUGCUGAAAAUUUGUCUGAUUCUGGGGAUUGAGGUUCAUGUAAAUGUGGAAUUCAUCAAACUUGUGGAACCACCCGAAGAACAAACAAUUGACAGUCCUGGUUGGAGAGCAGAUAUGGAACCCUCAAGCCACUCUAUCUCAGACCUUGACUUUGAUGUGGUGAUUGGCGCUGAUGGACGCAAAAACACAUUAGAUGGUUUCAGCCGCAAGGAGUUUCGAGGAAAGCUGGCCAUUGCUAUUACGGCUAAUUUUGUUAACAGAAACACCACAGCAGAGGCCAAAGUGGAAGAGAUUAGUGGAGUAGCCUUUAUCUUCAACCAGAAGUUCUUCCUUGAACUCAAGGAAGAAACAGGUAUUGACUUGGAGAACAUUGUUUACUACAGAGACAAUACCCAUUACUUUGUCAUGACUGCAAAGAAGCAGAGUCUGCUGGACAAAGGGGUCAUUAUUAAUGACUAUGUGGAAACGGAGCGUUUACUAAGCAUUGACAAUGUAAACCAGGAAGCCUUGCUCUCUUAUGCCCGUGAGGCAGCUGACUUUGGCACAAAUUAUCAGCUACCAUCACUGGACUAUGCCAUCAAUCACUACGGGCAACCAGAUGUAGCAAUGUUUGACUUCACCAGCAUGUAUGCCUCGGAGAAUGCUGCUUUAAUCAGGGAGAAACAUGGACAUCAGCUACUGGUUGCAUUGGUGGGAGAUAGUCUGCUUGAGCCUUUCUGGCCAAUGGGUACAGGUUGUGCUCGGGGUUUUCUGGGAGCAUUUGACACAGCUUGGAUGGUGAAGGCCUUUGCACAGGGGAAGAACCCUCUGGAGAUACUGGCAGAGAGGGAGAGCAUCUACCGGCUACUGCCUCAGACCACAACGGAGAACAUCAGUAAAAACUUUGAUCAGUAUACCAUUGACCCUGCAACCCGCUAUCCCAACCUUAAUUCCAGUCGUGUACGCCCCCAUCAGGUGCGCCACCUGUUCAGUGAUGGCAAACAGGACUCGUCUCACCUUGAAGGUCCCACAGGUAAACCUGUCAACCUUUCCAGAAGAGAAUCUGAAGUGCGCCCCGACCGGCUGCUGAUAUGGUGUCAGAGACAGACUAAUGGCUACAGAGGCGUCAACAUCACCAACCUGACAUCUUGCUGGAGGAGUGGCCUCGCACUUUGUGCCCUUAUUCAUCGGCAGAGGCCAGAACUCAUUGACUAUGACUCCCUUAAUGAGGAUGAAGUGGCAGCAAACAAUCAGUUGGCUUUUGAUGUGGCUGAGCAUCACCUUGGUAUUCAACCAGUGACGACUGGGAAGGAGAUUGCUGCGGAGGCUGAACCAGACAAGCUGCUAAUGGUUUUAUACCUGUCCAAAUUUUACGAAGCCUUCAGGAACUCUCCUGGAAACAAAAAAGGAGCAAAAGGAAUAGAUGAGAACAGUGAAAAACAAUCAGCAAAAGGCAACCUCGGACAGCCCAGAAAGAGGAUACCUAAGGAUGAAACAAAAAUGGAUGACGAUUCGGUUAAUAAGAGGCGACGAAAGGGUAACUGCUACCUCACAGAGUUAUCAUGUCACAGUACGCCCUCAGCAGGUGAGGACGGAAAACUGCGGGAGAACAAGGUCCGAUCCAUGGCAACACAGCUGCUGGCCAAAUUUGAGGAGAACUCUGCAGACAAAAAGCAUGGCAAGCCUGAGGAUGACCUACCCAGCCCAUCCUUUUCUUCUCCUCUUUCAUCUUCCUCCACUCCACUCCCUCUCUCAAAGGAGGAGGUGGAGGGUGAAAAUCCCCGCUUUGUAAAGCCCAAGCAUGUACCACCUCCUCCUUCUCCUCCUCCUCUGUGCUCCCCACGACCCAAGUGGCAGCCUUCCGUCUAUCUUCGUUUACUGGAAAAUCCUGCUUCGGUGGCUCCACAAAACAGUUGCCACAUUUCCCCCAUGUCUUCUUAUUCUAUAAGCGACAGUCGUUCUCUUUCACCCUCACUCUCCAAUAGCCUUUUGUACUCUCCAAGUCCUGAACUACACUACCCAGAAUGCACGUCUCCUGUUCCUAAAGCCAGCCAUUAUUCUGCCUCUGCUCUGUUGGAUAAUGUUCUUUCCUCACCAAGGUCAGAGGAGGAAAUGCAACAGAGUAAAGCUGAGAGGCUGUCAACUAGACAGUUUGCCCAAAAAACUAUUAAGGAAAGAGCUGUCAUCCUUUCAUCCUUGUUUACUGGCUCCAACAAACGUACUCCCACUCAUUUUUCCUCUCUUCCUGAAGCGCAGGUUGAACUAUCUACCUCUAUCCCUCCUAUAUCUCUGUCUAAAAGCACCGAAAUCUACCCUGUGGUCCACCCUGUCCCUGAUCCCACUGCCCAGGCUGGUUUCUCUUCUAAUCCUGUUCACCACAAGCACAAGAAAGAAUUCCCCUUUCCCUCAUUGUAUGCUGACCCUGAAAGUCCUCAGCAUACUUGUCAUUUGGAUUCCUUGUCUAGUAACAGCAAAGUCCCCACUGAAAUCUCAUAUUCUAAUGAGAGCCAGGAUACCACAUCUCCGUUCCCUGAAAUCAGCUUCUCUUCAGGUCCAGUUUUUGCAGGGACAGAAUACAGUCCUCAGGACAGUCUUGAAACUAAACAAAUCAACAAAACUUCCCAUGAGACAUCUGAGAGCCACAAAUGUGAUAUAAAUGCAAAGUGUAAUGGAAGUUAUUGUCUUGAAGACCCUAAAGGAGACGUUCGAAAAUCAGUCAUUCGCUCUGAGAGUUGUCCAAGUGGAGCGCCAAGCUACAGUAAAGAGCGUACAGUUGGAAAGGUGUCUUCAACCAUAGAUGCUAAAGCCCAAAUACUGGCCAUCCUCUAUGAGACAGAUCACAGGCCCGGUGCUGCUAUGUGUGUGGGUCGUAAAGAAUUUCACUCUGGACUCGGGGGCAGCGAUAUAUGCCACUUCUGUUCUAAGCGGGUAUACGUAAUGGAGAGACUGAGCGCUGAAGGCUACUUCUUCCACAGAGAGUGUUUCCGCUGUGACGUCUGUAACUGCACCCUCCGUCUGGGCGGCCACACCUUCAACUCACAUGAGGGGAAGUUCUACUGUAGGAUGCAUUAUACUCAAUACCAGUCCCGUACACACUUCAGGAAAAGAAAGGAGGACCACAGCCGUGUCACAUCCUUGGUGCUAGACAAUGGGAGAAACUCGGUGACAAGCAGCAUCCAGAUGCAACAACCUCCAGACAGGUCAUCUAACAUGCAUUCAGAGCAUUUAAAUAGAUGUUUGAUGGGUGAUCCGGGAGAAACAGACAUGGCUGUGGAAACCCUGGAUGUGUCCUGUAUAGAAAAUCCUGCAGCGCAACAUGUCACAGUGGUGAAAGGUGCUGAAGGUCACUGUAAAACCAAACACAGUGAUUGUUGGAAACAAAGGAUUAAAGCGACGUUCCCAUUGAAUUUUGUCAAACACUUCCAACGAAGCUGUCCACGUAACAAAGAAGGACCGGAGACUGUUCCUGAAGCGGAGUCUGACUUUGAGGAGAUCGAUUCAGCAGAAAAACAAACUACCUCAAAAGGCCAGACAUCUCUUGAUCCCAAACACCACUCAGAUGGAAGCGAAAUGCAUCCACAGCAUCCAACGUGCAACUCAACUAGCCCAAAGAGACACUUGACUUUAUCUCUUGGCGAGAAAGAGAGACUCCUGAGCUGGGACACUCAAGAGGUCCAAACAGAGACAGAAGCAGAUAAGCCUCAUGCAGACUUCAGCCAGCAUGGAGAAUCAACUGAGAGCCAAUUCGCCUCUGCCUCUUCCCUCUCAGCCUUCCAGCUUAUUGCCAAUGCCUUCAGGAGGACAUUUAGUGUGACCAGUUCUUCCAGCAGCUCCAACACAGCCCCCACAAUGAGGCCCAGGCAUGAAGGCCAACGCAGACGGAGGCCUAUGUCCGAGGGAGAGUUACAUUUUAAUUCUUCUGAACCGGAGUCCUCCAAAGACAAGAAAGCUAGAAACAAUGAGGCAGGGCUGGACCUGCCCUCUUUGCUGCAGCAAGUCUCCCUAAAGGGCCGCAGAGACUCAGGAAGGGUCUUCAAUGAUGACGCGCCGGCACUGCCCAACAGAAAAGUCACCCUUUUCUCUUCCCUGAGGCUCAGGAAAAGGGAGCCAUCAGAGUGCAACAGGAAAGACCAGGAGCUCCAAAAGGAAAUCAGGAUGAUCCUCGCCAACCUUAGAAACAAAGCUUCCAGUCAGCAGAGUCUGGAGGAGCCAUGCUCGACUGAUGAUGAAUGUGAAUCAACUAAUAAGAGGGUGUCCUCAGAAAGACGGCAAAAGAAGCAAGAAAAGAUGGUGGCCCUGCAGGCCAAACAUGAGCAAUUAAAGAGGUUGCAUAGAGCUCAGGUGAUUCAGCGACAACUGGAGGAGGUUGGAGAGAAACAGAGAGACCUAGAGGAGAGAGGAGUAGCUAUAGAGAAGGUUAUAAGAGGAGAAACAGGAACUGACAAUCAGACAAAUGAUGGUGACCAUGCCCAACUUUAUCAAUGCUGGUUUGAACUGGUUUUAGAGAAGAACAGACUAGCACGAUAUGAGUCUGAUCUCAUGAUCUUUGCUCAGGAGCUUGAAUUGGAGGAAACCCAGGGCCGACUUCAACGUGACCUUCGACGCAGGAUGUCUAAAGAAGAUACAAAGAAGAGCGCCUCUGAGCUCCAGAAGGAGCAAGAGAUCCUAUCUGAGAUUAUGAGGACAGUGGAGAAAAGAGACAUGCUGGUGUCUAUACUUGAGGAGCAGAGGCUGAUGGAGAGAGCUGAGGACCGCGACUUGGAGAGCCUUGUGCUGUCUAAAGGCUACGAGUUCCACUGGGCCCAGGCUAAUGACAGCUGGGGGUCAGAUGAGGUGGGGCUGAGGGCUGACUGUUAAAGAAAGGCCAGGUCAGAUGCAGGCCACUGAGGGUAGUACAGAUGUCCCAAGACUAUGCACAACACUAGUUUAAAGAAGAAAAGUAAACUCUUCACCUCUCUAUGUAAGCUGUUCAAUCAUAUCCACAACUAAAAGUCUUUACCUUUAAGAAUUUUUUUCAAACUGUUGUAUUAUUUUUUUGUAAUCCUUGAAGAGGCUUGAGCGUAAGAAUCGAAAUAGAAUUGACACAAAAAAAGGCUUAUAUCAUAUGUCAAUGUACUUUAUAUUUCAUUACUUCAGAAAAUGACUGACUGCCUUUUUGCACACUUCAUAACCCAACUGGCCUGUGGCCACAACUGCUGAUCUUUUUACUUGGGUUGUUGACAGAUAGACUGUUAUUGUAAAUGAUCACCUUUUAUCACAUGGACUAACUGGGCACUUUACCUGGGGUUUCAGUUUUGCACAGCUCAAAUUUUGUAAUUGGAUAAUGAAUCCACAGAUGUUUUAUGUUCACUAAUGUAACUUUUUGUCCUGUGUGUAUGUAAAGCCGCUUUCACACUGAGUUCACGACAAAUUGGUGCGUCACAGGCAUAGAUUUAUUAGCUGGGCCCUUUCAUUCAGAAUUAAUCCAGACAGCUGUUGUGGGUUUGCACCAUUCAUAUACCUACAGUAAUUUAUGAAUAUGCGAGGAGACCUCAGCGCAAAGGCAGGACAUGAGCUGUGAGUCUAGAAUGUUAAACUUCUCAAUCCACUUAUACGCUGGCAAGGUUCUGCCUCUGUCAAGCAUCAGAACAUGAAUGUUAAUUUACAGGUCAAAUUUACCUUUCCUCCCACAUUGGGACUUUACACACUGGAGAGCACAAAGAAAAAGUUGUAAAAUGUUGGCUAAGAUGGCAAGUGUGAAAGCGGCUAUAGUAUCUAAGGUGUUUGGGUUGUUUUUUUUCCCCCCAAGUUGUGCUCAUUUUUGUAAUGCGAGAAAUAGUUAAAUACUUCAUUCAGUAUUUCAUUAUGUCCAGCUAAUAAAGGAUGCAGUUACAAGAUAAAUUGCUCAUAUGGCUGAGAAUGGAGUGUUUUUAACAGCUCAGUGUGAAUUUAACCUGUAACCAGCAACUGUUGGUUAACUAAAUUUACUGUCAUAAGGGGAUGGAUGUAUUAUUCCCAGACAAGUGACCAUCGUUGAUUCAUGAGCUCGAAUGAGACUUGUUAAACCAAAUUGAAUGUGGUAUUUAAAUGUGAUGUUGCUGCAUGUUUUGGUUUUAUGCCAUUUGGUUCAUUUUAAAAUGAGCCCAAUCUAUAAUAAACAUGGAUUUAAAUGUU